UGUUAAAACAUGGAUGUGAUCCAUUUCUAAUCACUUGAAGAUUUUUCAGAUCACUAAACGCGCAUGUCAGGUGUAAACAGGUCCUACACAGGUCUAAUACUUGCGUUUUUACAAAAAAUGUGUGGCCCUGUCUACUGGUUUAAGUUCUAGUGAGGGCAGCUGUAAGAACCUUUAAGGGUUCUCUGUAGCACCCCGCACCCCCAUGUAAGGAAUGUGUGUAAAAGCAUUAACAUAUACUUACAAUUUGAUUUGCAGGGGACGCUGCCAUUGGAGAUGGUGUGAACCGACAUUUUAUAAGCUUGACCAUGAAUACCCUACAGCAUGGCUUUCAAUUGAAUUAUGGAAACACAGAUGUCAUGCUUCUCUUUGAGGGGCAGCCAGAUCACCUUGUGCCUUGCACAUCACAAAUUCUUCUAGAUAGUGAUCUUUUCCUUGUUGCUGGCCGAAUGGUGGGGCACUCAUUCCUGCAUGGUGGCCCUGCCCUCGCUGGAAUAAGCGAAGCAGUUGUUGAUGUGCUGUUUGGGGCCUCUCCAGAUAUGACCACCAUCACAGUUGAGGACUGUCCUGACCUUGAGCGUCGUCAAACUAUUCAGCUGUUGGAUGGUAACAAAGACCUAAGUGAGGAAGAAAAAGAUGCAGUCUGGAAAUUAGCAGACAUGUGGGAUCUCCCAGGGGUGACAUCUGACAACCGCAAAUGGCUCUUCAGCCGUCUUCUUCAACAUGCGGUCCUGGGAAGAACCGAUAAACAGAUUAAGCAGUUCAGACGAGGCCUGAAGGAGACCUGCAUUUGGCAGUUACUUACAGAAAGGAAGGAUGUAAUUCCUCUUAUGUUCCCCCGUGAGAGAGAUGUUGAAAUCAAACCUCAGAUGGUCCUUGACCAGAUAUUGUGGCCCCUGGAAACGACAAAUGAGGAUGAAGACUACCCAGUUGAAACGAGGUGCCGCAUAGCUGGAUAUCUUCGUGAGUUUAUUGCAACAGCAUCUCAAUCAUCACUCAGGGGCCUAGUCCAGUUUUGGACCGGGUGGGAGGUCCCAUCCUCUGACAUGCAAUUGGAGAUAGUGCAGGGAAGUCUCCCCAAGGCGUCUACGUGUUUCAAGUCCCUCCGCCUACCAGGACACUACACUAACUUUAAAGACUUCAGUCAAGAUCUAAAUGCAUGUGUAGCAACCUGUGAUACAGGCUUUGGCUUGGUUUAACCAAUUUUGAAGAUUUGAAGACUUGAUGUACGGCCUUGUUAAUUUUGCUAGUUGUCUGGUUGUUUGCUUUCAGAGCUAGUUCCACAUAGGAGAGCAGUGUAUUCUCCUGCCCUACAAUGUUUUAGCUGUUGCUUUUAAUAAUAGUUGUUCAAAUGAGCUGUUCAAAGGAACAUUGUUGCACUCAAAUAAAUACAGGGCCAACUUCAAAAAUUUAGAGUAGCUUUGAAAAGUUACUUUAUUUCAGUAAUGCGGUUCAAAAUGUGAAACUCAGAUAUAUGUAUUACACACAGAGUGAUCUAUUUUAAGUGUAUAUUUUUUAUUAUUGAUGAUUAUGGCUUACAGCCAAUGAAACCCAGUGUAUUAGAAAAUUAGAAUAUUAUAUUAGACCAAUUGGUACUUUCUGCAG